AUGACAAUGGAGUCUGGAAACGCGCGCUUCAAUUUACCGGGUUACUCCGUACCCCUGAACUGGACCGCUCCUGACAUGUUCCCUAAUGCCCUGGGAAGCAGUCUCGCGGAACGCUUAGAUACUCAUCGGGAGAUCUUGAUGAUGCGAGCACUCAACUCCAUCACCGACAAGCCGGAUUGGGAGAAAAAGGUCUUUGAUGAAGAAAUCACUGCCAAAUGGCGCAAGGAAAUCAUGGACAGCGGAGAGGAUAUCACUCCCGACAUGAUGAACUGGAUCAUCAAGGAGGCGCAGUGGAAAGCUGAGGUCUUCAGGGACACCAAGCACAUCGUGGCAUUCGAUGCUGGCGUGGUCAAAUCUGACACUGCCGUUGCGGAAGACUUGCGACAGAUGCUGAGAGAUGCUGUUCGGCCCCUGGAGGAUGUGCCUGAAGAGCUCAAAGACUACCACCCUGGAUCGGACGACAAGGUGGUCGACCUGGUCCAUCCGUCGCUGUUCCCGGUCAUCUACGGCCGGACUCGCAUUCUCCAUAGAAACUUGAUUGGGCUAAAGGACUUUUUGAAUAAUGUCGGGGAGGGCAAGGUACUUGCAGUUCCUCCGGAAGAGGAUGCUACUGUCGACCGCGACUGGCGAAGCGUCCAUCGACCCUACAGCCGCAAAUUCCAGUGGCUUCCCUGUGACGUGCAUUUCGCUGACAAUGGCGAAUGUCGCAUUGCGUCGUAUAUCAAUAACCUGCACCCGAAGAAGCACCAGCCGCUGUACCAAGUCAUCGAGAAGAUCCUGACUCAGACCAUUCCGCUGUGGAACACGACCUUGACCCUCGUGCGGGAUGAUUACAAGCGGAUCCCCUACUAUGAUGUCGAAUAUGACGAGCAUCCCGAGCCGGAGCCGAAGCCGGAAAACAAGGAAGACGAGUAUAGUAACGAAUACUAUCAACGAUAUGACGAAUGGCAAAAACGACAGCCCAUCCGACGCCCGGAACCGGGCGAGUUCGCCCCCCAUGUAAUCGAGGCCGAGGGUCAGAUCAACCUGCGCGAGGAAUUUGCCCAGAAUGGAUUACAGGUAAUUGUCAAGCUAGCCAACAUCGAGCUGACCCCGGAGAAGCCCGAGUACGACGGCGGAUCGUGGCACAUCGAGGGACAAUUGAAUGAGCACAUUUGCGCUUCGGCCAUCUACUACUACGACAGCGAGAACAUCACCGACAGCAGACUCGCGUUCCGGCAACGGGCGGAUACAGAAGCCCUCUCAGACAUCUCCUAUGAGCAAUCGCGACACGAAUUCCUCCAGGAGAUCUUUGACUUGGAUCCUGAGGCGGGUUGGAACGAGGGCAAUGUCACUCAGGUGCUAGGCAGCGUGGACACUCGGCAAGGACGCUUGCUCACCUUCCCAAACAGCCUCCAGCACCAGGUGUCGCCGUUUGCGCUGGCAGACCGGACCAAGCCGGGUCAUCGCAAGAUCCUUGCUUUCUUCCUCGUAGACCCUCAUCUCUCGAUUAUUUCUUCGGCGAAUGUGCCGCCUCAGCAGGAGGACUGGUGGAGGGAACGGCAGGAGGUUGUUGGGAAGUUGCUGAGCGGGAGACUCCCAGCCGAGUUGCAGAAGAUGGUCAACGAGGGUUUCGAAGCUACGCCCAUAACCAUGGAGGAGGCAAAGCAGUACCGCAAAGAAUUGAUGGAGGAGCGCUCCAACAAGUCGCAGGAACAGAACCGGGACUUCGAAAUUGGGGCGUUUAACUUGUGCGAGCAUUAA